AUGUCCUCUCCAGUCACCAAAACUGCUCCUCCACCUCCACCUCCACCUCCAUCAGACCCCCGCACGAAAGUAUCCCCAGUCAUACGAAAUCUCCGAACCGUCCCGCCCCGCUCCCUGACAGUCCCUCAACCACCUCCUCCACCCACAACAACAGCCCCAACAGGUCCAUACUUCCUCUACGGCACGUUGAUGGAUUCUUCCAUGCUACAAGACAUUCUAUCUCUGGACACAGAUCAGGAGAUAGAUCUACGACCUGCGUAUGUAACAGGCUAUACCUGUAGACUGUGGGGACAGUACCCGGCUCUAAUACCGGAUGAUACUUCUUCCUCGGUAGUCAAGGGGGUUAUGUAUCGUGUGGAGUCUGUCGAGCAUGGGAUAAAGUUAGCAAAUUAUGAGACGGGAUGGUAUCGUGCUGAACCUUGUGAGGUUGUGUAUACGGAUGGGAAAGAGCCUGGGAGGGAGAAUGGACACGUGUUUGUGUUUGUUGGGGAAAAAGGGGAGUUGGGUGACGGAGUGUUUGAUCUUAGGGUCUGGUUGGGGAGGAUGGGGAGGAGG